GCCUCUUUCUCUUUCUUUCUCUCUCAUUUUCUUGCUCCCUCCCUCCUCCCCCUCCUAAUUUCUGUCAGCACCGAGCACAGUUUGAGGGAGAGAAGAGGAUGGCGGUGGCUGAGACGCAGCUGUAUGCAAAGGUGUCCAACAAACACAGGAGCAAAAGCCCCUCUGCACUCCUGGAGUCUCUCCUGGCCAAAGGAUUCCCAGCUCACAUUGCGCAAAAAGCCUUGGUUGCUACUGGCCAAAAGUCAAUAGAAGAUGCUGCAAAAUGGUUGCACUCUCACUGCAACGAUCCCUCUUUGGAUGACCCCAUCCCCCAGGAAUAUGCUCUUUAUUUGUGCCCCACUGGCCACUUGUUUAACUGCCUGCAAGAGUUUUGGAAGGAGAGCAAGCGGCAGUGCGGGAAGAACAGAGCCCAUGAGAUUUUCCCUCACAUCACACUCUGUGACUUCUUCACGUGUGAAGACCAGAAAGUGGAAUUACUGUAUGACAUCUUAAAGAGAAUCUGCAACAGCUUUGCACAGAGAUUUCCACCAACUAUUUCCCUAUCAUUACACUCAUCCACCAGCUACCUUGGUUUCUUUGUUGGUGACAGCCACGCAAAUAUCCUCAAAGAGUUUGCUGUGGCCUUCUCUUCAGAGGCUUCAGCCCUAGCAGACUGUCACGUGAAGCCCUGCCUAAAGCAGCUCCACCUUACCUUGGCUCACAAGUUCUGUCCUCACCACCAGAAGACUUUGGAGCAACUCGCCAAAUGCAUUAACGCAGAGGAGACCUGCCACUGGGUAGCUGCUCUCUACUCAAGGGACAUGCGUUUUGUGCAUUACCAGACACUGCGGGCUCUCUUCCAGUACAAGCCCCAGAAUAUUGACGAGCUCAUGAUCAAUGCUGGGGACUUCAUCUACGUCAACCCAACACAGCAGUCUGAAGUCAGCGAGGGCUGGGUCAUCGGGACCUCGCACCAGAGCGGGUGCAGGGGUUUUCUUCCUGAAAACUACACAGAGAGAGCCAACGAGUCAGACACGUGGGUUAAGCACAGGGAAUAUGCUUUUGUGCCAGCUUCAAAAUUUUUCACCCAAUCCACAAAUGAUCCUAAUGUUAAGCUGAAUGGAGAAGUCCAUAAUCCUGUUAUGUCAAGGAGUGUAACUGAUGUUCUUUCUCUUCAGCUGUCUCAGAACACCAAUCUGCGAAGAGGUGUGUUGGUGAUGCGCCAUGGAGAAAGAGUUGAUCAGGUCUUUGGGAAAUCUUGGCUUCAACAGUGCUUAACUGCAGAUGGAAAAUACUACAGGGCAGACCUCAACUUUCCUUCUACCCUACCAAAACGGAAAGACGGUGUAAAGCAUUUUGAGCAUGAUCCUCCUUUAUCUUCCUGCGGUGUUUUCCAAUCAAGACUUAUAGGGGAAGCUCUGCUGGACCAAGAGGUGACAGUCAGCUACAUGUACUCAUCGCCUGCCCUACGCUGCAUACAGACAGCCCAACAUGUACUACAAGGGCUUAAAUUAGACCAAAAAGUCAAAAUCAGAAUGGAACCAGGACUGUUUGAAUGGACCAAGUGGGAAGCAAGCAGAGUAAUUCCAAACUUUAUGACUCUCACAGAACUGACAGAGGCUUCUUACAACAUAGAUACAAGUUACAGGGGAAUCAUCCCACUCUCUUCUCUGGUCCCGUCAGAAAGUUAUGAGGAAUAUGUGAGCAGAAGCUCUGCAGUUAUAAAAGAGAUUGUCACUGCCUGCCCCAGCAAAGGUGUCAUCCUUAUUGUGGGGCAUGGCUCUUCCUUGGCAUCUUUCACCCGACCGCUGGUAGGACUCCCUGCCAGAGACAGCAGCGACUUUGCCCACGUAGUCCGAAAGAUCCCUUCUCUGGGCAUGUGUUUCUGUGAAGAGCUCAAAGAGGAGAAGAAAUGGCUGAUGGUUAACCCUCCAGUGAAGACAUUAACUCAUGGAGCAAAUGCAGCAUUUAACUGGAGAAAUAGUAUCAUGGAAGGUUAGAAGGCCAGCUUUGUCCUUGCAUCUGCCAAAAACAAGGAAGUACGUGUGCUCCAGACUUUCUUGGUAUGAGAUGGACUUGAGAACUCCAGGUGCCUUCUUUAGCUGCAAUGAGCUCUCUUGGUGAGCUUCCUUCUUCACUGUGGAAAGAAUCCUAUCUCUGGGGAAGAGACAGCUCUGCAAGUGAAAUAUGACUGUGUUUUCUGAUUCUUAUACUCAGCAUAUUAUUCAGGUCUCAAACAUGACUACUGUUGUCUUUCUUCAUUGCUGAAAAGUGAAGAGGCAGAAGGAUGAGAGAGACUAGCACACCUCAGUGCAACAACUUUUGGUCAGGUGUUUCUCUCCAAAAUAGGGAUGAAGGAAUUACUGACUUUACAAAUUAUCCUUACGGUAUUUUUGAAAGUUACAGUGAAAUGAAAUGCCUUCUUCUACAAAAGCACUGUUUUCCCUAAGAAGUAAACCAACUUCUCAGGAGCCCUUUCUAACCCAUAGAGGCUUCCAGAUGUUUUUAGCUGUAUUCUAGACAGUUUGCACUUUUCGCAGCUUUGCCACUGGAGGUCACUAAUGUACUAAUAAAGGCUACAGCACUGGGUGUUGAAGGGGAAAAGGUAAUUUCCUAAAUCCUUCAAGAAUUAACUCUUCUUGAGCUGAAGAGUACCUUUAAAUGGAAUUGAACUGGGAAAUACAUUAUGUUGAUGUUUCUCAAAUUUACAGUAAAAUAUAGUGAGUAAACAGCUGGUAAACUAAUGAUGUGUAAGUUUUUAUUACAAAUAAAAAAUUACUAAGCCAAGUAUGCUUUGAUCAAACUAUUGUAAUAACACUGCACUUCUCUUCACCAAAGAAAGCCAAAAGAGGAAAAGGCAAUCACCUCUAAAAGUGCUUACUGAAGUCACAAUUAUGUGAGAAGAAACUGCCAAAAAAUAAAAAAAAAAAAACACAUGUAAGGCAUUGAGGAAAAGUCUGCAUGGAAAAUUUCUCACUGUGACAUUUCUGAUAGGAGAAACAUUUCGGGAAGAAGUAAUAAACUCUAUUUAUUUCGUGUGACUCACCUCACUACCCCCAUUUUAUCUCAAUCCAUAUUUAUCACUAGCUUAAACUUCUUGGCAUAUCUUUGCUGGAGUUGUUGAGUUGUAGAGAAAAGGAACUUGUUAAAAGUUUUCCUUUAUUUUCCCCCAAAGGAAAAUUUAUGAAUAAAAAAAAUUCAAGUCCUGUUUCAGCAAUGCCAGCUCAACAUCUCUUACCCUAAUCAGGCCCAAACCAGUUACCUCACUUCAAAAGCAAACUGCUGCAGGGCAGCAACAUUCUGCCUCAAACUCCAAGUCCAUCAACAUUCAUACCAGUAUUCUCAGAAGUAUAAGAAAGUCAAUUAAACAGAUGCAUCUCUUAAUGGUUAAGGUUUCAUUUAUAUAUUAUCAGGAAAACAAUGUUUCAGAGCAGCUUUUUUUUUUUUUUUCCACCUGAAGAAGUGUAAAAUAUAUAUCUAUAACAAAUACUGCUUUCACAGUAUUUUGUGCAGCUCUACCUUGCUCUUUACUUUUAACUUAUUGUUUAUAGGAUGUCAUUUGAUUCAAUUCUGGUAGCUUCUGGAGGCCUUCUUCAGCUGAAAUCUCCUGGUAGCUCUAUUCUGAGUGACAGGUUCCUGCUCAUUAGGGAUUGAUGGUUGGAGUUUUUUGUUGUUUUGGUUUUGGUUAUUUUUGUGUGUGGUGGUGGAUUUUUUGGUGUUUGGUUUUGUUUGUUUGUUUGUUUGUUGUUUUUUUAGUUGUUUGUUUUUUGGGGGCUGAGGAGGAGGUGCUGUUUGGGUGCUGAGUGAAGGCAGAAACUUUCAUCCAGUCAGUGUGAGACUGUGCUCACCAACAAUCAUGAGCUGCUGGGCCUGACCUCUGCCACCAAAAGAGAAAAUACAUAUCCUUGGCAAAGUAGUGUCAGUCUAGACCUGGAUUGGGCAGGGGGAUGUUGUAUCCACAAUCUGAGUUGGUGUCUCUUGGUGAGGCUCUGUGUAGUGAUUUAGAUGUUGCAUUAUUGCAUAAAAGACUUGUAGGAGGUGUGAAGACUGUAUAUCAGUAAGGAGGGCAAAUGAGGUAUCAGCAGGGUCUCUCUAGAAGCAAAAGCCUGACUUGUGAGGUUGAGGUGAUGUCUAGGGGCUGGACUGGGUGGAGUGUUGGAAGGAUUCUUCCCGGAGCUUGUUAAAGUUCAUAACUUCUGGCAGCAGGAGAAAUGUUCCACCAUUGCUGCUCAGACCUGGAUGUAGAGAGUUGGUAUUGAGGCCCAGUAGCCAUGGGAGGGGAACAGAGGAUGUAAAGGGAGGUUCCAAGCUAACUGGCCCCAUAUGAAGCAUCAACACUAAAGAGAAACAGCAAGUGUUAGAAACUGGAGGUCCUCUCCAGUAGGGGAUAGAGACACCUGUCUGUGUACCAGAUAUGCUGUCGUGGGAGGUUUGCUGCUUGACAAGUGACCAGACUGUGGGUAUUGUAGAAGCAUGGCUGAAACUCAUCCUGUCCAAUGACCAUUACCUCCUUGUUUGCUCAUUGGUGUGAAUAUCAAUUAUGCUACUGAGGGAGACCUGGAGCAAAAUAAGAGUAACUACAGGAUUCUGGCAAAGGACGUAGGAACCCACAGGAUAUCUCCUUCAUCCUCAAUUGGAAAAGGUCAAAUAGGAGAAGAUCAAUCCUGGGUAUUAACCACUGAUAAUGUGGCCGUUGCUAAAGGUAGUGCUUCAACUUCCAUCAUUGUGGGUCAGUCUUGGAGGAAAAAGGAAGUACAGAAGCCAUUUAACAAAGUGGAAUAACAGUAUCUCUGCCAACAGGUUUGCAAAUCAGGUAAGGAGAGAUUUGAGCUUGGUAUCUUGGAGAACAGUGGUAACAGCUUACAGUAAGUAAGUAAUGUGGCUCUAUACUUGGUUGUCCAGUGAUAGUAGAUAAAGACAGAGCUGGAGUUCUUGAGUUCACUUCCAACAUAAAAGAUUCUAAGACCAUAUUUGAGCAUGUUAACUAACUCCCUGGAUAUGGAUGUUCUGGAUGGAUAUGAUGUUCUGAAGUUUUGGGCAAUACUGAUGUAUUCAUCAGGUUUGAAAAUCAUCUGUCUUCCUGUGAAGAGAUGAAAUAGGUCUCCAAAAGCAACCUAAUUACUACAGGGACAAGUGGUUCAGUCAGUUAUUGGAUGCAUAUAUGUUCUGCCUUAGAACUAUCAUGCCAAGUGUUUCAAAACUUUGAUUCCAUGAAUGUGUGAGGACUCAAAUUUAUAGAUCCAGAAUCAUCCCAUAUUGAAUUCAACAACUGCCUGCCACUAUGGAAUGAGGUGGUCCUGAGAUGGCACACUCUGGGAUUGUAAAAGUUUUGGAGAGGUAUAUUCCAGAUAGAACAGUAACAGAAAUGUUUAUUCAAAAAAUAACAAAGAUACAAAUAAAAAUAUUGUUGUAGGUUUACCUUAA